AUGUCCGAGUCCAAGCCGCUGUGGGCGCCUGUCAAGUGGGCGCAGCGCAAAGAAGCGCUGUACGUCACGGUGGAUCUACCGGAUGUGAAGGACGAGACGGUGACGCUGAGCAACACGAACCUAACGUUUAAAGGCACGAGUACCGGUCAGGAGUAUGAAGUAACCCUGGAUUUUUUCAAAGAAGUGGACGCCGAGUCCAAGGAGAGUAUCUGGGCCAAGACGGACCGCAAUCUGCACUUUUACAUUGUGAAGAAGCACCAGGACGAGGAGUUUUGGCCGCGUUUGCUGGCGGACAAACACUUGGAGAAGACGAAUGUCAAGGUGGACUGGAGCAAGUUUGUCGACGAGGACGAGGACGAGGGCCAGAGCGGCUUUGACAUGAGUGCGCUCAAUGGCGGGGGCGGCUUUGACAUUAACCAGAUGAUGGCGGCCCAAAAUGCCUCGGGCAUGAUGGGCGAUGACGGCAGCGACAGUGACGACGAAGAUAUGCCGGAUCUUGACCCGAACAACGAGCAGUACGUUGGACCGGACAAGCUGUUGCUUGACUGUGACAAGAGUCGCGAACGACGUGGUUACUGGCGCUUUCGUCGGUGGUGCGAAACACCUGCUUCGAAGGUUUAUGCGGUAGAAAAGGUCGCUUACGCCGCAAUAUACUGGAUAGCGUUCGUGCAGGAGCAGCUUUAG